AUGGCGCCGAAUGCCCCCGAUUUUCAAAAGCUCAUCACCGAUGCACGGGAGCGGAAGAAGAAUUCAGCUCUAGCCGACAGAAUCUUCAGUCGAGAUAGACGACAGAGUGCGCCAUCGAAACUCAAGCCCACGCCUGGCGGCUCCCUGGCGAGUCGUGUGGGAGUGAAAAAGCAACGCGCCCCUGCCGCAGCUGCCGCCGCCGCAGUCAACACCCGCAGAGCCAGCCUACCCGCCGGCAACGUCAACGGCGAAUGGACACACGAUCUUCAUGACUCCGUCAACGGCAAAUCUGCCAAAGGCGGCUCCCUCAGCUCCCGCAUCACCCUCCCCGGCGCGAAGACCAACAAUGCCACCACCACCAAAAGAGCGGCAAAUCGCAAGGCAAAGCUUGCCGCUGCGGUCGACAAGAUGGACACCGACCAAGUCAACGUAGUCACUCCAACGACUCAAACCCGAAGCGGAAUGGGGCUCACCAUCCGUGGUCUCGCCGGUCCUUUCGCUCUCCUGGGUCAGAAUUUCGCCCCUGGAACAACUGCGGCGGAUAUCGAAAGCGCCAUGACGCCCAUUGGCGGCGAAAUGGUCAGCUGCAAGAUUGUCAAGACGAAGCCUUUCCUCAUUGCCGAAAUGGUGUUUGUUUCGCGGGAAGGCGGAGAACGGGUCAUUGACACGUUUAACAAUAAGACUGCCGACGGACGAGUCCUCAAAAUCUACCCCAAGGUAGGCGGCUACCAAGCCUCCGCCUCAGACCGGAGCAACGAACCACCAGCAAACGCCCCCAGCGGUCCAAAAUCCUCAAAGGCAUCAACACGAGACCAAGUGGUCGAUGGAUCCAUGGGAUUCCCCGACCUAAUGGACGCAGAUGGAAAGACCAACUCUUCGGGGAACAACCGACUCUAUAGCGACAAGAUGGUUGGAGGGAACAAGAGAGGUCGUGGAUUUCAAAGGGGCAAAGGCAGGUGA